AGAUGGCGUAGGGAAGUGACGAAAGUUUCUAAUAAAACUUGGAUCUGGAUAUCCGAUAUAUACAAACAAUUCUCAGACCGUGCCAUUGUUAUUUGUAUGAUUGUUAUUUUUUACAACCACAAGAAUCUAUAUUAGCAGUUGAAAAGUCACAAUGGUCGAAGCUGAUUUCAGCCAUAGUGAAUUAGACCCAGAUAUGAAAGAUUCCCUUGAUGCACUUGUGGAAGAGCUGAUUGAUGAAGUCUCACUGGGCUUAUGUUUUGAGAUUCACCGCUCCUGUAAGAUUGGAUCAUUCUUUCUCAAUGGUUUUGAUGAUACAUCUGAUACAGAAUAUGCUCCAUUGAAUGCAGCUCUAGUGGACAGACCAGGGGUGGAUGUUCUAGGGCAAGUUCCUUCAAAGAAAAACUAUGAAUGCAUUUGCCCCAACUGUCAGCGUCACUUAGCAGCCUCUAGAUUUGCUCCACAUCUGGAGAAAUGCAUGGGGAUGGGGCGAAACUCCUCAAGGAUAGCAAGUCGAAGAAUCGCAAAUAAUCAGAAACAGGGAAGUGAUGAAAGUGGUCAGGAUGAUGAAAAUGAUAAUGAUUGGAAUUAUUCAUCAGAACCAAAACGAAUAAAAAGGCUAAAAAAGGACAAAGUAAACAAUUCUCCAAGAAAUAGAAAGUUUUCAAAGCUUAGGAAUGGAGGCUCAUCUCAAGACUUGGCAUCUGCUGACACUAGUGAGAAUGCAGAUUCAGCUCCCUUUUAUGAAAGCAUGAGAAUAGAAGAGAGAAAAGCACUUCUGCUUUCUAGUUGUGGAGUCAUAUCUGAGCAUACAAAAAGAAUGUGUACCAGGACAGGUAAAUGUGUACAGCAUACAGAUGAACAGAGAAGACAAGUUAGACAACUUCUGCUUAGACAGAGCAGGGCCCAUGACCUGGAAGAUAUCCAUAUAGACAUUGAUACGUAUGAUGAUGCCGAGAGUCAGUCACUAAGAGAAUCUCUCCAGUGGGAAGCAGCCUCCUCUCCUGCCGACUCAACGUCAACAAAUAACAGUACAACUGGUCCAGUCAAUGCAGGCACAUCACAGAAAAGAAAGCAGCGAUCCACUAAAUCUAGUAAGACUAAGAAGUCAAAGUUGGCCAAGCAGAGUGUGUCCAGUUCUAGCAGUGCAGGAAGCAACAAGGAGCAAUCCCAGCAUACACUCUUUGAUUUCUAAUUAACAACUAGGCUAACUUUGUGAUAAUCCUUUUAGGACAUUUAAUCAGACUAGAAAGACUCCAAUGCUUGUGUAAUCCAUAGUUACAUGUUUGUCUGUACCCACAUAUACCACUGAGGGGAAGAAAGUAGGGACAGGACUAAAUGAUCCUUCAUUUUAUUACAAAUAUUAUUUAAUUACAAAAGCUAAUUUCUAAUGUACAAAAAAAUACAACUAAUUUUUUGGGGUUCAUUUUGUAACACUAUUUGACAUUGUACAAUAGUUAACCUUGUGUUCCCAAGACUUCUGGAGAUAACCUGGAAGGAAAUCAUCAGAGUAGGUAACCCCUUAGUUUUCUUCCUGCAACUUCUGUAACUCUGAGUUGGUGCCAACCAAUUUUUUUUUAAUUUCUGAAGAUCAUGCCAGAAAGUUGAAGAAAGAGAUUAUGAAUCCUAAGAAGUUGAUGAAAUCUUUAUAAAGAGUCCAGGAGAAUUGAGAGUAAUCUUUGACGCAUCCAUUAGUUCUAAAAACAUGUAUGGAGUUAUCAAUAGUUUUAAAGUAUGUUAAAAUUUAUCAUUGAGUCACCUAGAAAUUUGUUCUAUUUCUAAUUGUUUAUUGUGAGUGUAUGUACGAUAGCUUUUUAUGCUGUACGCUAGUGUGUGUUAUUUAUAUAUUGAUGGUUUCAUUUUCUCUAAACAUGUUUUAUUUUUUUUUCCCUGUCCAUUGUUUUAAAAAAAAAGUUUGGAAUUCAAAAGUUUUGUACUGCUGAACUGCUUUGAGGUGAACUUUGUAUUGUAUUUGGUAACACAAAUUAAAUAUACAAUGAGACGCAGCCUUAAAAGUUGUCCCUAACUCUACCUAAGCACUUUUCAAUCUAUUCCUGUUCUGCGUCACUGGGCUUUGCAUUUCACUCCCCUCAUUUCUAAUCCAUUGUGGCUUUGCCACUGAAUUAUAUAGGCCAUAUAUAUAUACAGGGCCAGAUUUAGGUAUGGGGAGGCCUCUACACUCUUUUGAAAGAUUUAAUAAAGAUCCACUUAUGAAUACAAAAAAAUAUUUACAUCUAAAAGCGUGCUAUAUUUUUAGAAGAAAUAAAUAGACUACUUGUAAAUUUAAUUUCUUUUUUUUUAUAUUUAAUAUGCAUAUUUUAGUUAUAAAAAUGUGUACGAGUUGGUGGAGGGUAUUGCCCUUAGUUGGCACACUGCCAUAAAUCCGAAGCUGUACUAGUACUUACAUAUUCCGAGCAUGCUUUAACUACAAGCGGAUACUUCUUUACCAUGACAUUGUUGCCACCCAAUGUAAAGUUUUAGCGUUAGAAAUAAGGAAGAAAAAAAACUUUAUCUGACCCCUCGAAAUUCUAAUAUAUAUUUUUCUCCUUUGUGGAGGCCCUGGGGCUGUAACCCCGCCUGCCCUCCCUUAAAUCCAGCCCUAUGUAUACAUAAUCAAGAUUUUAAUGUACAUGAUAGUUUUGCCCUGAUUUAGAAAAACAACAACUGAUUAAUAACGUGUACAAAUUAUUUUAAAAUAAUUUCUAAAAUUUUCAAAAUAUCCCCAUGCUCAACUAGAGUCAAUAUGAUCACUGUUGUUUUCCUUAGAAUACUCAUGUUAUAACAUAGCUUGAAUCCUACUCACAGAAAAUGCUUUUUCUGUUAAAAAAGAACCUUUACAAGACAAUCAUUCAUUAAAAUUUUAAAAAUAAAAAAAAAUGUAUUUAAAUAUCUGUGAUGAGAUCAAAUGACAUUUAUGUAUUUCAUAUGUUGUUUAUGUCUUUGUUUCCUGUGACUUAGACCAACCAUUUCAGUUUGUUAUUUUCACUAACAAUUUAUUGUAUUCGGAUUGUUCAAGUUCUAAGUGAUAUUUAUUAAAUGACAAAAAAUUUCCAGAA